CUACCCAGGAUCACUAUCUUUUCUCUCGCAUUGCAUUGCUUGCAAUCAUGAAGCGCAAGCUGGAUGCCAACGAUGUGCCCUCGCCCGAAGUCGCAGAGGGCGACAGUAACAAGAAAGCCGAUUUUGAAAAACUGAACCUCGAUCCCCGGCUGCGCCAAGCCUUGAUAAAAGAAAAGUUCACGAAGCCGACUCUCGUUCAGGCUGAGGCGAUUCCUCUAGCACUUGAAGGAAAGGAUAUCCUGGCUCGCGCAAAAACUGGCUCUGGAAAAACCGCUGCGUAUGUUUUGCCGAUCUUGCAGACAAUCCUCCAGAAGAAAUCCAAUGAUCCCUCCUUGAAAGCUACCUCCGCACUUAUCCUGGUCCCCACGAGAGAGCUCUCAGAACAGGUCCAGCAUGUGGUCACGAAAUUCACCUCGUUCUGCGGAAAGGAUGUUCGCUCCGUCAACCUUGCUCAGAAGGUCUCGGAUGCUGUGCAACGAGCGAUGCUGGCUGAUUUUCCGGAUAUCGUGAUCUCUACGCCGGCCCGUGUCAUAUCGAACCUCAACAGCUCCGCACUGUCGCUGGAGACUCUUUCUCACUUGGUCAUCGACGAGGCGGAUCUGGUUCUAUCUUACGGCUACGAAGAUGACAUCAACGCUCUCGCCAAGGCAGUUCCCCGUGGUGUGCAGACGUUCUUGAUGAGCGCGACUCUUACAUCAGAGGUGGAUACUCUAAAGGGCCUGUUCUGCCGGAACCCUGUUAUCCUCAAACUGCAGGAGAAAGAGGAUGAAGGCGCUGGUGUCAGCCAAUUUGCUGUCAGAUGCGCGGAAGACGAAAAGUUCCUCCUGACCUACGUUAUUUUCAAGCUUCAGCUUAUCAAGGGAAAAUGUAUCAUUUUCGUUGGUGAUGUCGACCGGUGCUACCGUGUGAAGCUGUUCCUUGAACAAUUCGGUAUCAAGAGCUGCGUGCUUAACUCAGAGCUGCCGGUCAACUCGAGAAUACACGUCGUGCAGGAAUUCAACAAGGGCAUCUAUGAUAUCAUUAUUGCUGCCGAUGAGCAAGAAGUCCUUGGUUCGAAACACUCCAAGAAGUCGCGAAAGUCAGAGUCGGGAGAAAACGAGGCGGAAGAUGACAAGACCGCGGACAAGGAAGUGGCAGACGCUGAACCACUCGACUCCAGUGAGGACGAAGUUCAGGAGGAGACGACUCGUUCUGAGAAACGCCGGAAAGUGACACCCAAACAAAAGGACUACGGUAUUUCUCGUGGAAUCGACUUCCAGAAUGUCGCUUGUGUCCUCAACUUCGACCUCCCCUCCACCUCCAAAUCCUAUACCCACCGUAUCGGCCGUACCGGUCGAGCUGGCAAGACCGGCAUGGCCCUCUCCUUUGUUAUCCCAUCCAACCUCUACGGCAAGCACAAACCCACAAGCUACCCGCCCGCCAAGCACGACGAGGCCGUCCUAGCCAAGAUCAUCAAGCGACAAGCCAAGCUUGGCCACGAAGUCAAGCCUUAUCACUUCGAAAUGAAGCAGGUGGACGCCUUCCGGUACCGAAUGACAGACGCCCUGCGCGCCGUCACCCGACUCGCUAUCCAGGAAGCACGAGCUCGCGAAAUCCGCCAGGAGCUAAUCAAGAGCGAGAAACUCAAGCGUCAUUUCGAAGAAAACCCCGAAGAGCUCCGCCAUCUCCGUCACGACGGCGAGCUGCGCGCUGCGCGUGUGCAGCCCCAUCUCAAGCACGUCCCGGAGUAUCUACUCCCCGCGAAGGGAAAGAAGGGCCUCACCAGCGAAGAUGUCGGAUACGUCGGCUUCAACAAAUCGAACGAGAACCGCAUCCGUAAGGCUAGAGACCGAAAUCGCGGUAGAGGCAAAGGCAGAAAGCCAGGUGGAAAGGUUGAUCCGUUGAAGACGUUUAAUGCGAAGGGGCGGAAAUAAAAGCAUUAAGUGAUACCAUGGCUUUGUGUGUUCAUAGAUUCUUGCUGCUAUGGAGUAUAGUAUGUAUGUAGAUACUGCUUUAUAUGGGAGUAUAUUUAUUUCUGGACAUAAAUAAACAA